GUAAACAAAAGGGGAACACUUUAUAACAUUUCUGUAUCCGAACGGAACUUAAUUUUAAGACGGUUGGAUGAAAUUUGAUGACGGCGAGAUGCAGUCGGCUUGGGGGCGAACAUCCCUGUUGGCAGUUUUUCUUGUCUUUUUGUCAGCACUCUCCCUUUCCAGUGCUUGCAAUAAAGCCCUGUGUGCCAGUGAUGUCAGCAAGUGUCUAAUACAGGAGCUGUGUCAGUGCAGGCCAUCGGAUGGCAACUGCUCAUGUUGUAAGGAGUGCAUGUUAUGCCUGGGCACACUGUGGGAGGAGUGCUGUGACUGCGUGGGCAUGUGCAACCCAAGAAACUACAGUGACACACCAGCCACCUCUAAGAGCACAGUGGAGGACCUGUACAGGCCUAUCCCUUCACUGUUCAGAGCACUCACAGAGGGAGAAGCUCCCAUUAACAUGAUGGUGGUCUCCUUUCCUGUGGCUGAGGAACUCUCUUACCAUGAAAGUCUGGUGUCUUUUCUAGAGACAGUAGAGGACCAACAUCAGAAUGUUUCACUGCCUGGAAACAGCAUCCAUUCCAGCUACGAUAACACACAAGACAACAUGUGCACAGUGGUGUAUUUUGACGACUGCGUGUCCAUUCGUCAGUGCAAGCAGUACUGUGAGUCGAUGGGAGGCUCAAAAUAUCGUUGGUUUCACAAUGCCUGCUGUGAAUGCAUUGGACCUGAGUGUAUCGACUACGGGAGCAAAGCAGUCAAGUGUAUGAACUGCCUCUUCUAAGCCUCAUAUGGCUUUAAGAGUGCUGUGGGUGGUGCCACUCCUUCCACUAGGGGGCACAACAACAGGACAGCUGGCUGAACUGAUAGUGGGGACAACGGUGACAAUCAUGUAAACUACAAGCCCUUCAUUUAUUUCUUCCUUUGUGUUAGUCUUUUAUGCUUUGUUUUAUAAAUCUCUAGCAAAGAUAUAUGUAUAUAUGAACUGUCAUUUUAAUCUUCAGUUUAGGUAAUUCAAUAGCAAGUUACUCUGAGGUACAGUCUCUUCUGAAAUGUAAUCAUUUUAAUAGGAAAGAGGGAACCAUGUAAUGUAAAACUUGUUUACAACAUUAGUACUACAUUCAUGUUUACUAAUAUUACCUAAUUAUCAACUUUUUCACAUUAAACAUAAUAGGAAAAUAGGAGCAGGUGAAAUUAGUAGAAAUUUCAGUUAGCAAAGUAGCUUUCAUCUUUCAAGUAAUAAUUUUAUUUCCCAGUAUAGGUAAAAAAUAUUGCAGAUUGUCCUUCAGUACAAGUUGGUGGACAUCCACACAGCAUCUACAUUGUAGGGCUGUUUCAAGAAGCAAGAUGAGUAGAAAAGUAGAGGAGGAAUAGGGGACAAAAGAUCAGUUCUAAUUGUCAUAUCUUUAUAGGCUAUAUGAAUAUGAUAUUUUUGUACUCCAAGGUAAAAGGAACAUCAGUCAUUCUGAAAGUGCUUUUUAUUUUUGGCAUCUUUAGAAAAUGCAUUGAUGUGCAUUGCUGGUGUAUGUCUGCAGUUUGUUUACCCACAUCACUGGGAUAUUAACUUCUUAUACCACAUACAAUGUACUACACUAAUGUUUGUCUACUAAUGUGUCAUGUAUUUAGUAUGGAUCGAUGCUGAUUGGGACACAGCAAUAGAUGCUUAUAAGCAUCCUCCUGGCUUCUUUGUAAACCGGAUAUGAGAAAAUAAUACAUUUAAAUCAGUAAAAAUGUGUAACUAUAUCCAAAAAUAAAAAAAGCAUAUGCUAACCUGUUACAUUAUUUAAGUGUUAGUUUAACAUCAAGAAAAUCUACUAUGUUUUUUUGUUUGUUUUACUUUCUUUUCCUGAUUGGCUGACACUUGCUGACAAUGGUGCAUUCAUGGAUGACAGGAAGAUGUUUUGAUGCAUGCCCAUGUCUUGGUGUGUAUAAAUUGUCAGUGCAACAUCAGUGAUGGAUGCCACUAAUGGCCAUGCAGCCUUAGUUUAAAUGCUGAUGCAAACUCAUUAAGGACAGGCAAUUAAAAUGCUUCUGUGUGCUGAGUUUAAUCUUUGGUUACAUUUUUCCUCUGUUAUUAUUUUGCUUGUAAUUACUAAGCCUGAAGAUGUAUCUUAGUGAUAAUUUUUAAAAUAUAAGGAGAAUUUUGUUAAAUAACUUCAAAAAAUGGAACAUUUUCACCGCCCCUUUGAUGGUACUUAACACAUGUGGACUAAGAAUGCUGUGUGCGGAAAACCUGCAUGUUCAUUUUCUGUCUUCCAUUAAUCCUCAUUAAAAG